AUGGCGUCAAUCAACGCAAGCGGAAUACAACGCAAGGAGGCUGAAGAAGUCGCGAUGAUGGUGUUUGGCUACCUUGUCAAACAUGGCACGCGACUGGACGCUACGACAUUGCGAAAAUUCGCUCAAGAAGAUAUCAAAGUUGACAAGCGCCAAAAUGUCAGCUAUUUGAAUGAGGAUGAGAUCGAUAUCCGAAGACGUUACAUAAGCGACAUUCAGGAAAUUCUGUUGGCGGACGCGAGUUUCAACUUCGAAGAGGAACAUCAAGAGCUUUUCAGGCAGGCCCGUUUCUGGGCGCUACUGUGGACAACUGGGAUCGACGAGCUCCGAUACAUUCACCAUACCCUGUGCGCAAGCGACCCGCAGGAUUCAAAUGGCAGACUCAAAAUGGGCAACGAUCUUGAGCAAGCUGUCCUAAACGCGGGCCAAUACGGAGGAUACGGCCAAGUUGGCGAGAAGGAGGCAAACAUCUCCCGUGAUCCGAAGAAGGCGAAAGAUGCUAGCGAUCGCGACGGCAACAAGUGUGUGGCCACCGGGUGUAACAAGUUCCAGGUUUGCCAUUUGGCCGCCUUUUUUGGCGCCAACCGCGAAUCUGCCAUUGGACGGCUUUUACAUUGCAUGCAAGUCCUCAUCGGGCCACAAGCUUUCCGCGACCUAAUGAAAAAGCUCACUGGCACCAAAAACAAGAUUGACGACAUCAGCAACAUGGUCACUCUGACCCAUAAGCUGCAUACCUAUAUGGACGAUGCCAUCUUUGGUCUGAAGCCAGUCGGAUAUACUGAGCGACGCAAGCCUGAGUCGAGCGCAUCUUCUUCAGAGUCCCACACGAUGAAUUCCGAACCGGCUACCGAUAGUAGCCACAGCCAAGGACAAGCUGAGUGCUCUACAUCCGCAGGCUUGCAGACAGCCGACCAGAACGUUGCUGUCUCUAUGAAGAGUCCAUGCCGAAGGUCUGAGAGAUUCCUCGAGAAGGACCUGAAAAGAAAGGCCGAGGCCGAGGCCGAGGCCGACAGGACCCGGGCGCGGGAAAAAGAGAAAAAGGCAGAAGAGGGCACGCAGUACGGCCUCAAAGUGUGCGCCUACUGGCUGCCCAAGACCGAUCUAAGGGCACCAUGGGACAAAGUGGAAGACUUUAGCGUCGACCCGAGGGAGAGAAUGAGAGAAUGGUCGGCCGAGAACUAUGAAUUCCGGUCUGAAUCUGGACGGCCGCUCAACUCGGGGACAAUAAUCACGAUUUGGGCAGAUAAGAAGGAGGACCUGCCGGACUGGGGAAUUAUGGAGUUCAUAUUCAAUGCUCUCUGUUUCCACCGUCUCUGCGGAGGCGCAGAUCCAAGAGUCUACCGCCCCUGGACUGACUACGACGAGGACGACCAUGGUCUCGUAUACAGUGCCGACCCAAGGAUGGAGGCGGAACGGCGCAUCCUGCAAAUUCUUGCCGAGGAUGACCAAGAAGGCGGAGUUUACGAUGCCGAGAGACAAAGGAAGGUCCAGGAGAGGAUGGUCAAGGCGGUAGCCGAGCUGGAGAUCACCCACGCCGAAGCAGUUUCUUCCAACACUCCAUCCGGCUCUUGCCAAGCGGAAGGGGUGCCCUCUCAGAACUCGACCGAGUCUCGCGAAGUUUGGGUUGCGCCCCAUCUUCGACACAAGCAUGCCAGCGACGAUUCGUCUGCGAGCUCGAAAGGAAGUGGCAAAGACCAAGACGAGCAGCAGCCAGCAGCCCCUCGAGACUAG